UAACCCUAAUUUACCACUCUCUCUUUUCAUUAAUUAUUUAGGGUUUUUGUUAUUUCUUUUCCUUCUCCCCUAAGAAAAUGUCUGACGUUGAGUACCGGUGCUUCGUCGGCGGCCUUGCCUGGGCCACCAACGAUAAAGCCCUCGAAGACGCUUUCGGUCAAUACGGCGAUAUCGUCGACUCGAAGAUUAUCAAUGACCGUGAGACUGGUAGAUCACGUGGAUUUGGCUUUGUGACAUUCAACAACGAGAAAUCCAUGAGAGAUGCGAUCGAGGGAAUGAACGGACAAGAUCUCGACGGCCGUAACAUUACUGUCAACGAAGCUCAGUCCCGUGGCAGCGGCGGCGGCGGCGGCGGAGGCGGUGGUUACAGAAGCGGAGGUGGAGGUGGAUAUGGAGGUGGUGGUGGUGGAUAUGGCGGCGGUGGUCGCCGUGAUGGUGGAGGCGGCGGUGGAUACAGCCGUGGAGGAGGCGGCGGCGGUGGAUAUGGAGGUGGUAGAGACCGUGGAUAUGGCGGCGGUGAUGGUGAUAGAUACUCUAGCAGAGGUGGCGGAUCUGACGGUAGCUGGAGGAGUUAGGGUUUUUUAGUUUUAUUUAUGCUUUGAGUUUGGGUUGGGAUGUUUUUAAUUAUAAUUAGAUUAUGUUUCUGAAUGAUGUUGGGAUGGGUUUGCUGUUUUGAAAAAUGUAGAUCAUUUUUGAUCGUUGGAUGCUCUCUAGUUUGUUGCGAUGUUGAUUUUGUCACCGUUGGUUAAUGAAGAGGUCAGAUCACUAAAGUUCUAUAGAAAUAUCGGUUUCUGGAA